UUCAUAAUUUCAAUUCAUUGCAAAUACGUGGAUUGAUUUGCGAACAGAGAACUCGCCGGAACAAACCCAAGAGAGACUCGGCGACUGUGGACGACCUCCAUAGCCCAUAGGUGAAGUGAAGAAGAUAAAGAAAGAUGAGCAGCGACGCUAAAACCGGUGGUAAAGGUGGAGGAGGUGGGGGUUUUAGGGGUAGAAUGGAGCACUACUUGUACAGCGGAGAGAAGAAGCAUGUACUGGCUGGUAUCGCUAUUAUCACCGUUGUUUUCGCCGUUCCUUGGGCUCUUAUGAGCCGAGGGGCAAAGCAUCAGUCUCAUCAAGACUACUUGGAAAAAGCUGAUAAAGCUCGUAGUCAAAGACUGUCUUCAAGUUCAUCAUCUGCUAAAUGAUGCUGCAUAAGUUUUUUCUUCUUUUACAUGAAGUGGAUAUACUUCUCCUUUGAGAAAUUUAAUGUCGGAAGGUUAAUCAUAGUUUUUUGUUGUUAAAAACCUUGUUUUUUCCAACUUUUGCAUAAGAGUGGCUUCUGAUAAGUUUUGAGUACAAAUAAGUAUGUUGGGUUAAAUGGUACUUCUGUUUCUUGACAUAUUCUGCUCUCUAAUACUUUGAUGUGUUUAUUAUUGUUAAAUCAGAAAACAAUUUUGACUCACAUUUACUAUUAAAAAAAUUUGUUGCAAUAUUA